AUGAGGGCAUGCAUAAGGUCCAACCCUAUAGAUUUGAGCCCUGUUCGUCAGAUGAUGGGGAAAAUAGCAACAGAGGGGAGGACUGAGGUCACAAGCAAGACAAGUGAAGGCAGUGAAAGCGAGCAGUCCUGUUUGCAGAACACUGAAUGGUGCGGUACCAUAAUAUGUAAAUGCGGAAAUUGCAUUAUCAUGCCAUCUGCAGCAGAAUGUGUUUGCUGCCCUGAAAUAACUGUGAUCUACGCCAGGUGUGAGGAGAUGGAUGUUCGAGUCCCGUUCAUCACAGGCCAUAGAGGAUUUGAACCGGUGUGUCUCAACCCCUAUGUGUUUAACGUGACAUAUUACCCGUACAUGCAACAGUGCAAGAUGGGCGACAACAAUGAAACAGUAGAUCAGUUUGUGCAGUUCUGUUGGCGCUUGCUUGGCAAAAGCGUAAGACUAGUAAUACCUUCACGUGCAGUCGCUGCCAUACCUGCCCGAUUCUCUUCAUCAUCCGGGGACUAUACUGGUUUCAUGAUGUAUUACGAAUGA